AUGCUCGACCAAGACGACGCCCUCCUCGCCAGACUGAACGCCCUGCGCAAAUCUCCCGUCACAUUAUCCAAGACAGACUCCCUCGACUCGCCGUCAACACCACAACGAACCACCGAUUCCGACCUAACAGCAAGGUUCCGCAGCUUAACACCCAACAGCACACUUAGUCCACCAUCACUGGAUACAGAAGACACAGAACACAAUGAAGAAGACGACCGUACGAUUGAAGAACUUCUUGGCGACCUUGGACCCGAGGAACAGUGGAGUGUUCAGCGUGAUGAAGGCGAGCGCAUCCGCGACUUGAUGGCCGAGGCUAAGAGUGCCCUGCCCGCUGAAGAGACAGAGAAUACAGAAGGCAAAGAGUUGGAUAUUGAAGUCGGCGUCAUUGAGCCAGAACACGAGGAUGAGAACGAGGAAGACGAAGACACGGAACGUAAUCAGGACAAGAAAGAUGACGAGGAAGCGGAUGACUAUAUCCAACGUGUCCUCGCCGAGCUUGAGUUUGACAAGAAGUACGGCGGCGUGGAGGAGGAGGAAGAAGAAGUGGAAGGCGACGAGAAAGAAGGGAAUGGUGAUCAUGGGUUGACGUUGCCGUCUGCGCCUACGGAGCUGCCAUCGUCGCCUGCUCCCAACCAGGAUGAUAAUAUUGAUGACGCUCUCUCGGCACGAUUCGCAUCUCUCUCACUGCCCGGAGUACCUUCUUUCAACCCAGCAAACAAGCCUGUCAACAUUCAGAAGAGGGUCAAGUCGAACUUGCCCAAGUACACAGACGAAGACAUGGAGAACUGGUGCUGCAUCUGUAACGAAGACGCUACCAUCAAAUGUAUAGGCUGCGACGGCGAUCUCUACUGCCAGGAGUGUUGGUCGGAAGGACACGGAAACGGACCUGGUCAGGAAAGAGGCCACAGAGCGCUUGCUUACGCCAAAGACGCCUCUUGA